CUUGCCGCUGCUUAGUCAUAAACUUAGAGCUAGAGCACACAGCGUUACAGCAUUAUAGACGCAUAAAGUUCGCCAUCAACASGUCAACUGUCCAUGUUUGAUACUUUGAUUUAGUUUACUUACUACAUUAGGUAUACGACGUGAUUUUACGUUUUAAUUUGUUUUAUAUCAUUGUAAAUCACAACAAAAACUCAUUAUGGUGAAGUCUGGAAAAAGAAAGUUUGUGAAAAAGGAAAAAGCCAAAGUACAUUUGAAAGUAUCGCAUAAGACACUGCUGCCCAAAGGACAAAAUGUAACGGAUACAAAUUUCAAAGUACGUAAGAUCGUGCUGCAUGGCCAACUCAAAGAACGUGGUGARCACGAGAUACUUUCGAAAGGAAACUUAAACAUCAAAGAAUUGCUGUCGAGAUUAAAUCAUCAUAACAUGUGGCAAAGGCAGUCUGGACUCGAAGGUCUUAUAGACUUAGUAGCUUCUUAUCCUCCUCAAACUAUGGCAGUUCACUUGUCAUCGUUUUUAGAAGCCGCUUCACGUUUGACUCUAGAUAGUGAGGCGGACAUUCGCCAAUUAGCUGUUAAGUUAUUAUCGUCAAUAUUAACAGCUGUAGAAGAAAAGCAGAUUGCUCCUUCUUUUGAAAUCGUCAUUAGAUAUUUAGCUUGUGCAAUGAGUCACAUAAACUCAGCUGUAAGAGAGACAUCUCUUAACGUGCUGGACGUUCUCAUAGCUAAAAAUCCUAAACUUACAGCGAUUCAUUGUCAGACUGUAGUGUUGCCGGGUUUUUUAGAUUUAAUAUCUUCAAAACUAAGUGAUACAACUUCUCGGAAGCUCACUGUACAAAUCAACGAACAUACAACUACGAGUGUUUGGAGAUUAAAAGUAUUAAAUAGUCUACGUUCCUUGUUGAGUGCAAUUGUCAAAAACACUUCAUUAGGAUCAGAAA